AGCGCUGCUGCCUCUCUUCUCUCCCCCAUUUAUUAAAUUAUUUAAUUUUUUUUUGUCACCGUGAGAAAUAAAGUGCCAGUGUAGGGCAGGAACAUCAGUAGCGCUUUGAAAUCGUGGCUGUUCGCCGCAGACGGAGCGCUCUCACUCACUGCGCCGAUGAAAGUUGAGCGCAGCACGCUGAUGACCUGCGAGCUUCCUCCGGGGAAACUGUGCAUUUGACUGGCUUAACGAGCGCCUGUUCCCAUCUCUACACUACACAUCAUUUGUUGCUGUCUUGAGCUCCGCUGUCCAGCAGGCUGAAGGCUGUGUGUUUGAACCCAGCGCACUCACGGAUACGGACUCACUCCGAGCAUCACAGAUGGACUGGCUCACACCUGAGAUGUGAAGUGUGUUAUGUGAGCCAAGGUGUUUUCCCACCUCGCUGGUGGUGGGGAGAGAUGCUGCACUCCGUUGCCAUGACAGCAGAAGUUCUCUUUGUUCUUGGGUUCCUGAUGAUGAGCGGCGCUCUGUGUAAUCCUAUCGCGACCUUACCGGUGAGCCAAGAGCGUCUGGAAAGGGUGUUGACCCAAGCUAGGGAGGACAAGCAUCAGGACAAGCAGACUGCAGAGGAGCCGCUGGGAUACAUGGCCCAGGAACAGCCGCAGGAAAUCAAUGCUGUAGGGCCCAACAGGACUGCCAGGUCAAACCUCAGCUCUCAGGCACAAGGAUCUAAAGGCGAGAAUUCCCAGGAGCUGUGGAGCGAACAGGACAGCCUGAACCAAAUAGACGAAGCUCCGACCAGUGACGUCACCCUCUCCCUGGACGCCAUCGACGAGUACGCGUACCCAGACUACAGGGGGAAAGGCUGCAUGGAUGAGAGCGGCUUUGUUUUUGCCAUCGGCGAGCAGUUCACCCCGGGCCCUUCAACGUGCCCUUGCCUCUGCACAGAUGAAGGCCCUCUGUGCUCCAAGCCAGAAUGUCCCAAGGUCCACCCUCGCUGCAUCAAAGUGGACACUAGCCAGUGCUGCCCGCAGUGCAAGGAGAAAAAGAACUACUGUGAGUUUCGGGGCAAGAUCUAUGCUUCGCUAGAAGAGUUUAAGGUGUCUCCGUGUGAGAAGUGCAGGUGCGAGCCGAGCGGAGAGGUGCUGUGCUCUGUGGCAGCCUGCCCACAGACGGAGUGCGUGGACCCGGAGUACGAGCCGGAUCAGUGCUGUCCCAUCUGCAAGGGUGGGCCAAACUGCUACGCGGACACGGCGGUGAUACCGGCUGGCCGAGAGGUGAAGAUCGAUGAGUGCACAAUCUGCUACUGCACAUACGAGGAAGGCACGUGGCAGAUUGAGCGUCAAGCCACCUGCAGUAAGAACGAGUGCCAGCGGAGCUAGAGACUGGCACGGCGACGAGAGAGGGACAUUGGCACGCAACACCAGUGCCGAGCCUCAUGCACACUCUCAGCCUUUCACCCAGUCUACCGGGCAUCAGGGUCGGACAGCACCCCUCAAGCAUUUCAGCAUUAAUACUGUAGUCACUCCUGUAUUACUGAAACGAUGCUUUUAUGAAAGUUUAUAAUCCACACACAGAAUAUCUAUUUAUCUAUGUAUUAAAUUAUUUAUGAAUAUAUAUAUGAAAUAUAGGAGUCAUUAAUGCUGAAACAGUGGAAGACUAUUUUUUAUAGUAUCUGUAUUUUAUUAAGCAAUGUAUUGGACCAGAGGUCAAUAAAACAACAGAAUGUAUAGAACACACACAGCUGUCUUUGGAGGUGCAAGCCUCAACGUCUCUUAACCCGCGGUGUCAUCCGACAAAUCUCGACACCCGUCCCUCUACCACCAAAGUGCAGACCAGACUGUGCGCGAUUCAUUUUGCAGUGCUAGGGUGCAGACUUGCUGUGUAGGACAGCGCAGUGCAGAGUUACAGGCGAACAACAACGAAGAAAGACGAAUAAAUUCACGAGGACUCGACUGUUUCCUGAU